CGGAUCCCAUCUGUCACACAUUUUGUCAUUGAGCAGCAGAACACUAACAGUUGAUCUCUAACAGAGGAGCUAACAUCUAACAUCAAUUCAUGACAGUAACAUUAUUCUACAGAAGAUAAUUUGCAAAGCUGUCACUUACCACCAGCAAACAUGGGCUCGGGAGAGAGUACGACCAGGAAAGUGUCUUUCGGUGUGGAUGAUGAGGACAGAGUCCGGAUUCUUCGGGGAGUGAAGCUGUCAGAAGAUGUUCUCCAGAGGAUGAAAGGAGUAGCCAAUAUUGCUCCAGAACGCACAUCCUCAUCAACCUCAAGCCCUCCGAAAGACACAGGUGCUCCUCGCAGCCCCAGCUCCAGCUCCAGCUCUCGACCCCAGCAGAGCCCACAGCACCGGGCACCACCUAGUACCCAGUCCAGCACCAGCAAACCAGCCUCCUACGCUAAGGACGAGCAGAGAAGGUAUGAACGGCAGCAGACAAUACUGAAGGAGGAAUUGGCCAAAGUGGCACAAAGAGAGAAGGAGGCAGCAAGGGAGGAGAUGACAAAAGCCAUGACCCGGGAAAGACAACACAAACGCCAGGAAACAGAGAACGCCAAAAAACUGUCUGCAGAUGAGAUAAAUGUGAUGGCUCAGCAGCUACAGAAGAAAGAUUCACAGCUGAAAGCGUUGGAUGCCUUCUACAAGGAGCAGCUGGAACAGCUGGAGAAGAGGGGUUCGGAAAGAUACGAACAGAGCAAGGACGAAUUCCACCAAGCCGCCUCCAAGACGGAAGCAAACGUGAGGUCUCGCAAUACAGACCCGGUGUGUUCUGGCCUGCAGGCUCAGAUUUUAUCUUGCUACAGGGAGAAUAGAGACCAGACCCUGAGGUGUUCAGACCUGGCCAAAGAAUACCAGCGGUGUAUCAAUGCUGCAAAGAAGAACCUGCUGGUCAAUCACGGAUGAAGAGAGGGAGGAAAAGGGUAAAACUGUUAUUUGAAGUAGGCUUUUACUUUGGCACUAAGAGCGACACUUGUCGCUUUCCUGUUUCGAAUUCUGAGAGAGUUGAUUUUAUUUUAGCAUGCGUUGUUUUUAAAACGUUUAUAUUAUGCUAUUUAUCUGCAGUAUCAUCCGGUAAAGUCGCUCUAUUAUUCUGCACUGCUACAUUCUACAGGGAAGCUUUUGAGAGAGAAAUGAGUGUGUGUAUUCAUGGUCUGAGUCAGUACACUUUCAAUUCAGUCAUUCACAAGAUCAGCUGAAAGUAUUUUUAAGAUUUGGGUUGUAAAGAUCCAUUCAGGGUCAGUCCUCCAUCAUCUGAAUGUGAAAUUCAGUUUACAUCCAAACUUCUGCUUCCUUUGUUGGGAUGAAAAAUAAGAAAAUCAUUUCAGGUGUGAGAUGAAUGGAGGGCAUCGGUACCGUCCUUGUUUUGAUCUCUGGCUGAAAAAAAAAAAAAAAAGAGCUAAUUGAGUUUUAUUGUUUUUGAGUUUUAUGGUUUUGUAUUUUUUUAAUGACACAGGAAUAAGCUGAGGUAAUCCUGGCCAUGAUUUCAAUUCAUCAGACCUGUGAUGUAUUGUAUGAUUUUAUUAAAUGAUUCAUAUCCGGUGA